AUGAAUUCUCAACUGAUUCUACUUGUAUGUUUUCUGCUGAUAUUUCGUGGAAUCAACUCAGCUGAGCAUGGCUCUUCGUCAAACAUCAACGUUGGCCAUGUGGGAGGUCAAAAUCGUCCUGCAAACACUAUGACGCGAUCAUUCCUAGAAACAAACUCUCUUCGUGGAGGUGCCAUGAGUGCACGAAGAGGAAGAGUUCCAUGGAAUCAAGAGUUACAUCCACGCAACAAAAGAUGGGGAUGGGGUUGGGGAUGGAAUAGACCGUGGAUGUACGGAUAUCCAUAUGGAAUUAUGGGCUACCCAUACGGAGGACUCGGUUAUCCAUACGGCGGUCUCGGUUAUCCAUACGGGCUCGGGGGAUAUCCAUACGGCAUGAUGGGUUAUCCUUACGGUGGCUUGGGUUUGCUUUACGGAUGA